AAGCUGUUUGAUUCUUGCAUUAUUUCCCAUGAUGCCCGUGGUUGGCCGAGAAACAAACUACCUCCAUGUGGGAGCUGCUGGUAUACUUGCUAUGGGUACAGGAGUAUUAGCUAUACAAAGAUUACAGUAUUUUAGAACACCUAGUCAUCAUAGCUACAGCAUUAAUUAUGUACAGCUUGUACUUACAGCCCUGUCUGUGUAUAUUGUACUGUCCACCUCACACAGUAUACAGAAGAAACAAGGACUACCCCUCAUCAACCAGGUCUUUAGCUGGCUUGUAUUAGGUGUUUCAUUGAUGAUACCAUUGUUGUCAGGAACAGGUGUAUUACAUCGCCUAUUGACGAUCAUGCUAGCCUAUCUUCCUGUCUACCUUCUGCUCAGUAUCUCACAUGAGGGGCUGUUUGUGGUCACUCUCUCUUACCUUUUGUAUUUCUGGCUACACCUGGAAAAUAGAAGUAGUGGACAGAUCAGCCAAAUCAAACCAAAGGUAGAAUCUGUAGACUUUGUCUCGCCAUUACUGCCUGAAAUCAAACAACAGCGCCACCUGCAAUUGGAAGACGUCCGCAGAGCUUUUUAUUUUGUUUUCCUGAUGCUGACUGGCUUUUUCGGCACUGGGAAUAUAGCCAGCAUUAACAGUUUUGAACCAGCAUCUGUGUACUGUUUUAUGACUGUCUUCAGCCCGUUCACCAUGGGAACUCUUAUGAUGUUAAAGAAUGUAAUACCAUUCGUGCUUGUGACAUGCACGUUCAGGGCCAUCCAUAUUACUACGCAUGUCCCGAUCAGAGCAUUAUUCCUACUGGUACUCGCCAUGUCAGACUUCAUGGCCAUGAACUUUUUUUUCCUGGUCCGUGAUUAUGGUAGUUGGCUCGAGAUUGGUACAAGCAUCAGUCAUUACGUCAUUGUUAUGUGUAUGAUCAUAUUCCUUAUGUUGUUGUUUGGCCUGUCUCACGGGCUAACCACAUUCUCAGUGAUACCCCGUAAAAUUCAUAGGAACUAAAAUGGCUUACCAUAUUCCCUGUGAUACCACGGAGAGUGCACAUGAACUUGGCUGUCUUUACACAUUCACAGUGAUGCCUCGCAAAGUCCACAGGAACAGAACUUGGUUAUCACUUUCCCUGUGAUACCACAGAUCAAAACUGGUUUUUCACAUUUUCCGUGAAAGUAAACAAAGCUAAAAGGAAGUUAACGGGUUCACUAUAUUCUAGUUCCGCCACAACGUUCAGGGAACAGUACGAGUUCAGAAACAAAAAGUUUUAUAACGUUUUAUAAAAAGAGAUAAUGGCGAAUUUACAUUCUUGUAAUAAAAAGGAAAUUUUGAACUGCGACGCAUCCGUCUACAUGUGUUUAGAAAUCAAAUGCAGAAAUACAGUUAAAUGUCCAUUGAUUUGAUAAACAAUUUCCUAAGCAUGUAUAAUGCAUAGUAAUCGAAAAUGCGACGUUCAUACUUAACAAAUGAUUACAUUUGUUGCUCAUAAAUACUGCUCCUUGCAAGAUGUUCUUUCCCUAUAAACGAGAACUUCCUAUCUAAUUUAAUGAGCUCAGACUUUCAUUGAUAC